UCGGGUGGAGUCGGAGAAAAUUAAAUGGCGUUGGGUGAAAAAAGGUCUCUGUAGUUUUUGUGCAAAAAUUCUCAGUGAAAAUCACUCUGUCGCCCAAAAGUGAUGUGUAAUUUGUAAAUUCAUCCCCCACACUAGAUUGAUUGCAUUUCAAAGGAAACAGGGAGCAAAGAGAGGCUGAAAAAUGGACAGAAAAGCAGAAUUGGAGAGAAAAAAGGCCAAAUUGGCAGCAAUGAGGGAGGAGAAGGAUCGACGGCGACGCGAAAAAGAACAAAAAGACAUGGAAGAAGCGGCCGGAAGGCUCGGUUCUGGGCACGAUAAAGACAACAGAAAAGAUCUGGAUGAGAUGUUGUCGUCCUUGGGCGUUGCUCCUGUGUCCGAAGUUCUAUCUUCGCUCUCUUCGGUGAAUUCUGCUGCCUCAGACACAUCUGCCACCCAUACACCGGAUGGUAGCCUUCAGCCAACAAGCCUCAAUGGUGUCCAGCCAGGGAGUCUAAAGAACAGAAAACCCGUCAAUUUGAGCGUGGUGGCUGUUCAGACGACCAAUAUCCCGCCGAAGGAGACUGUUGUCUACACCAAACAGACGCAGACCAACAGUUCCGGAGGACAUGAGAGAGAUGGAUAUAUGGAGGAUUGGUGGCGUCCAAGAAAAGCUCACGCUACUGAUUAUUACGAUGAAUACAAUCUAAAUCCCGGUUUAGAGUGGGAGGAUGAAUUUACAGUGCUUACUUUUGGUGAUGCCCAAGGAGACGAUGAAGAAAGUUCUCUGCCACACAUUGAUCAUGGAUUCCACUCCAAAUUACCACCCGGAAUUCUACCCCAUGGACUUCCGAGGGUUGGCGAGGUGGCACCAGCUGUUACGCCGCAGGAACAGCAGAAGAAGGAUGUGGAGGAAAAGAAGGAAAUUGUGGAAUUGUCUGAGGAGCAAAAACAGAUGAUUAUCCUCUCGGAGGAGUUCCAGAGAUUUGUUCUGAGAAGCGGGAGAAUCAUGGAAAGAGCCUUGUCGGAAAGUGUGGACAUUUACAAAGACUACGUGGGUGGAGGUGACACAGACGAAGCAACGGAUGAAAAGUCACAUGCAAGACUCUCGCUGAAUCGUACAUUCUACUGCGAUCGAUGGUCCAAGAAUCGCUGUGUAACAUCAAUGGAUUGGUCAACGCACUUCCCAGAGCUCCUUGUGGCUUCCUACCACAAUAACGAGGAGGGACACAAUGAACCCGAUGGGGUGGUUGCUGUGUGGAAUACGAAAUUCAAAAAAUCAACUCCAGAGGAUGUUUUUCAUUGUCAGAGUGCCGUAAUGUCAGCGUGCUUUGCUAAAUUUCAUCCAAAUCUCAUACUCGGUGGCACAUAUUCGGGGCAAAUUGUUCUCUGGGACAAUCGUAUGCAGAAGAGAACACCAAUUCAGAGGACCCCAUUGAGUGCAACAGCACAUACACAUCCGGUGUUCUGCCUGUCAAUGGUUGGCUCCCAGAAUGCCCAUAAUGUGAUCUCCAUCUCAACAGAUGGGAAACUGUGCUCAUGGAGUUUAGAUAUGUUGUCAAUGCCACAGGAUACGCUGGAGUUGCAGCAUAAACAGUCAAAAUCAAUUGCUGUUACAUGCAUGGCAUUCCCAAAUGCGGAAAUUAACAAUUUCGUCGUUGGGAGUGAGGAUGGAUUUGUGUACUCAGCUUCACGGCAUGGUAGUCGUGCGGGCAUUAGUGAGAUCUAUGAGAAGCAUUUGGGUCCGGUGACGGGUAUUUCGACGCACUACAAUCAAUCGAGUCCUGAUUUUGGGCAUCUCUUCCUCACAUCCUCGAUGGAUUGGACGAUAAAGUUGUGGAGUUUGAAGGAGAAUAAGCCACUGUAUUCAUUUGAGGAUAAUUCAGAUUAUGUAAUGGAUGUGGCGUGGUCCCCCAUCAAUCCGGCACUUUUUGCCAGCAUCGACGGGGAUGGGAGAUUGGAUUUGUGGAACCUCAAUCAGGAUACUGAAGUACCAACGGCGUCGAUCGUUGUUGAAGCAGCUCCGGCACUCAAUAGGCUCUCGUGGAGUCCAACGGGACAGCAUGUGACCGUUGGGGAUGUCGAUGGGAGGAUCUAUGUGUACGAUGUGGCGGAACAUGUGGCCAUGCCCAGAAUGGAUGAAUGGACCAAAUUUGCGGGGACACUCAAUGAAUUGCGAAUGAAUCAAUUGGAUGAAUUUGAGGAGGCGGACAAGAAGACACCCAUUCCGCAGAAUCCCUCAAUUUCCAUUACGUCAUCCAGUCCUCACAUUUAAAGGUCCCGGAAUCCCUUUCGCUUCCACAGACCAUCCAGCAGUGCUCUAAUCUUAAUCGUACUAUUAAUUGUAUUUAUUCCAUUUUUCUCGACACAGUCACACUUUAACGUUCAAAUAGUAUCUCUGAAAAUGCUAAAUAUACUCCCGCAGCUUAUAA